AUGAGCUUGCGAAUUUGUCGGGACUACGACGAGCUCGUCGUCGGCGGCAUUUACGUCGAUGACUUGAUGACGGCAGGGACAAGCGCCGCGGCAGUGCAAUGGAUAUUUGAAGUUAAUUACUUGCAGAUUAUACACUUGGGUCGCGUGCACAAGGUACUAGGCAUACGUAGAAAGCUUUCCAACGAUGGCGGCUACCACAUUGACUAA